UCUUUGAAUUCUACUUGAAUUCCUCUUGGCUGGUGAAGUUCACAUGUGCUAUGACUGACUACCUUAGUACACUGCCAAGUGUUUCUUAAUGCCUCGGAUUGAUAGAGCAGCGGUUCUCAAACGUUCACGCACUUGUUAAAAUGCAGAUUCUGAUUGGGCAGGGGUAGGGUGGGGCCCUAGCUUCUACAUUUACAAGUGGCCCCCAGGUGAUGUCCCUGGUGCUGGUCACCCUAGGCAGUCAGGCCACUUGACAGACCUUCUGUGCCUCUACGCUGCUGACGACGCGGGAUAAUUCCUUAUGGUUGCAUAGGGCACUACUCCUGUGCACUGCGGGAAGUUUAGCAGUAUCGCUGGUCUGGACCCCACUAGAUGCCAGUGACCCCAUCACUCCACGCCAGCUGUGACAGCCAAAAUGUCUCCUGACAUCGCCAUUGCCAGAUGCCCUCAGGGAGGCAAAACCGCCAGGUGGAGAACCGCUACCAUGUAGGAUGCUACCAUCAAGGUGCGCCCACAGCAGCAACCUUGGAGCAGGCAGGAAGAACCCGAUGCCCUUGGUUUGACUCUACUAAGAGCCCCUCAGUUGCUGAACCUGCACACAGUCAUCUCAGUAAAUUAAGAUCUUCCUGAGGACAAUGGCGCAAGAUCAUCUUCAGCUGUUCAUAGCAAAGAUGAAGAUCCCUUUCCUCCUACUGUUCUUUCUCUGGGAAGCCGAGAGCCACACAGCAUCAAGGCCAAACAUCAUCCUGGUGAUGGCUGACGACCUCGGCAUUGGAGAUCCUGGGUGCUAUGGGAACAAAACUCUCAGGACUCCCAAUAUCGACCGGUUGGCCAGUGGGGGAGUGAAACUCACUCAGCACCUGGCAGCAUCACCCCUGUGCACACCAAGCAGGGCAGCCUUCAUGACUGGCCGGUACCCUGUCCGAUCAGGAAUGGCAUCUUGGUCCCGCACUGGAGUUUUCCUCUUCACAGCCUCUUCGGGAGGACUUCCCACCAAUGAGAUUACCUUUGCUAAGCUUCUGAAGGAUCAAGGUUAUUCAACAGCACUGAUAGGGAAAUGGCACCUUGGGAUGAGCUGUCACAGCAAGACUGACUUCUGUCACCACCCUUUACAUCACGGCUUCAAUUAUUUCUAUGGGAUCUCCUUGACCAAUCUGAGAGACUGCAAGCCUGGAGAGGGCAGCGUCUUCACCACGGCCUUCAAGAGGCUGGUCUUCAUCCCCCUGCAGAUCAUCGGGGUCACCCUCCUUACCUUCGCUGCACUCAAUUGUCUGGGGCUACUCCGCGUGCCUCUAGGCAUUUUUUUCAGCCUUCUCUUCCUAGCAGCCCUAAUCCUGACCCUUUUCUUGGGCUUCCUUCAUUACUUCCGGCCCCUGAACUGCUUCAUGAUGAGGAACUAUGAGAUCAUUCAACAGCCCAUGUCCUAUGACAAUCUCACCCAGAGGCUAACGGUGGAGGCGGCCCAGUUCAUACAGCGGAACACUGAGACUCCGUUCCUGCUUGUCUUGUCCUACCUCCAUGUGCACACGGCCCUUUUCUCCAGCAAGGACUUUGCCGGCAAAAGUAAACACGGAGUCUACGGGGAUGCUGUUGAGGAAAUGGACUGGAGUGUGGGGCAGAUCUUGAACCUUCUAGAUGAGCUGAGAUUGGCUAAUGAUACCCUCAUCUACUUCACAUCGGACCAGGGAGCACAUGUAGAAGAAGUGUCUUCCAAAGGAGAAAUUCAUGGUGGAAGUAAUGGGAUCUAUAAAGGAGGAAAAGCAAACAACUGGGAAGGAGGUAUCCGGGUUCCAGGCAUCCUUCGUUGGCCCAGGGUGAUACAGGCUGGCCAGAAGAUUGAUGAGCCCACUAGCAACAUGGACAUAUUUCCUACAGUAGCCAAGCUGGCUGGAGCACCCUUGCCUGAGGACAGGAUCAUUGAUGGACGUGAUCUGAUGCCCCUGCUUGAAGGAAAAAGCCAACGCUCCGAUCAUGAGUUUCUCUUCCAUUACUGCAACGCCUACUUAAAUGCUGUGCGCUGGCACCCUCAGAACAGCACAUCCAUCUGGAAGGCCUUUUUCUUCACCCCCAACUUCAACCCCGUGGGUUCCAACGGAUGCUUUGCCACACACGUGUGCUUCUGUUUCGGGAGUUACGUCACUCAUCACGACCCACCUUUGCUCUUUGAUAUUUCCAAAGAUCCAAGAGAGAGAAACCCAUUAACUCCAGCAACCGAGCCCCGGUUUUAUGAAAUCCUCAAAGUCAUACAGGAAGCUGCGGACAGACACACCCAGACCCUGCCAGAGGUGCCCAACCAGUUUUCAUGGGACAACUUUCUUUGGAAGCCCUGGCUUCAGCUGUGCUGUCCUUCCUCUGGCCUGUCUUGCCAGUGCGACAGAGAAAAACAGGAUAAGAGACUGAGCCACUAGCUGUGCCUGGGGACCAGACAGAUGCAUGUGGCAAAGCUCACCAUCUUCAUUACAAACACACGCCUGAGAGUGGCACUGGGGAAACAUAACUCCAUCUACACCUUGGAUUUGGACUGAUUCUCUAUUUUAUCACCUGAAGGCUUGGGCCAGAGCUCAACAGCUACUCAACUGAAGGGGUGAGGGAGAUGAGGUCUGUAGUAUACAGAGAGGAAGAUGGUAGGUUUAUGCCUUCUGUGGCCAGUCUUGGACUCAUGGAAAUAGAAUGAAUAGAGGGGCAUUCACAAGGCACACCAGUGCAAGCAGAUGACAAAAAGGUGCAGAAGGCAAUCUUAAAACAGAAAGGUGCAGGAGGUACCUUAACUCAUCCCUCAGCAAAUAUCUAUGUCAACAGUAUAGGUUACCAUUUACUGUCUAAUCUGAAGUGAUGCAAUAACCAGCAUAAUAAAAAGGCAAUCACAUAAAAAAGAGUUUAGUCAUCUAAACAUAAGUAACUUUAAGAUGAAUGAAAAAUCUUCUUUAGGAAUCAUAGAUGAUGGUAAGUUCCACUUUGGUUAUUGGAAGGCAAGUCAUUAUUACUGGUAUUCGUUAAAACACCUAUCAAAUGCUUUUCAUCACAUAUAUAGUUAUACAUACAUACACACACACACAUAUGGUAUAUUCUUUCCUCAAGAGGGUUAAGAUGUCUAAAAUAGGGACCUGGAAGCUUAUCACUAUUUAAGUAAAUACAGUAGAAGCUCACAAAUAGAGUUCUUUGCACAAUGAUUUUUUGUAAAAUUUUAUAGUAAUAAUCCCAAGGCAAAUCUCUUCUAAACUGAUUUCCAUUCCAUAAUUUGUAGUAUAAUUCUUGGAUUUCACUGUUUUCUUCGGGGAAUGGAAGUUCUGAAUUAAAAGCCCACUGUGGAGAUGCUAUGGUUCAGGGAAUCUCUUCCAAUGUAAUUCAGAAUCAUUGGCCUAGAAAGUCUCUGAUAUUUGGAGGGGAACAAAAAUCACUCACAAGCAAUCCAUGUUCUAUACACAUAAGCAUAAUUUCCUUUAGUUCUAGGCAGAAGUUCGUCGUCAGAGAACAGUCAUGUAUGCAAGUUUUGUGGCUGAGAAAUUUCUGUGCUUCCAAUCCACAAUGAGAUGCAUGAUUUUGUUUUCAUCCCAUUUCCCCCAAGCCCCUGUAAAUCAGGGAAGAUGCAUAACUGAUCACCUGGGAGAGGGCCUGAUAGUGGCACAGCUGGAGAUAGUUUCAAAGUCUAAACCACCAGCCCAUCCCAAGGAAAGCCUCCUAUGGAAUGUAAAGUGCAAUCAUUUCUUCAGAUAUAAGACUUUCCCCAACAAUGUGAUUGGAUUCCUUUAUGGCAAAAUCGAGAGAAGCUGCUAUCCACCUGCUUACACAUUCAUCUCUUUUGUGGACUUGUCUGACCACCUUCUGUUUGCCCAGAGUUUGCUCACUUCCAAGACAGUGCCCAUGGAUGGAACACCUGUAACCCACACAGCGGUUUGCAGAGAAUGUUAGCCAUGACUUGGGCUUUCUGAAAGUUGGCUAUAAUUUCUCUAUCCCUACCCACAACCCUGGGAAGUUGGAACAAGAAAGGCAUACUAUUGGGCUGGGAGGAUUCAACAGCAUUUCCCCAGUUGCCCUUUCAGUUCUUCUAUUUCAGACGUUAAUUUUGCUUCUCUUCUAAACAACAAAAAAAAAAAAAAAGAAAGAAAGAAAAAAAGAAAAAAGAAAAAAAAGAAAGAAGUGAUUCCUACCCCCUAACUCCAGAAUUGUUGAAAACUGAAAAGCAUACAGGAUUCUUCCUUUUAAUGUGGAUUUCCCAUUCCAGAAAUUGUGGGAGAAUAUGUCUUCUUGCUUUAGAAAACAUUCUUAUUAGAGAGGGUACUAGCUUACUGAUGAUGUGUUAGGAUUGCUGCUGAUACUGUCAUGUGGAAACACUUAAAGGCACUGUUAUAAACUUAUCCUAUAAGAUGACAAUGUUUACUCAAAGUCUAACAUAUUCAAUGCAAGUAAGACUUUCUGAAAACACUUGAUGAUGUGGGAAUGCUGCAGGAUUAAAUAACUUGAAGAGCCUUUGUAGAUUAUAUGAAUGCCUAUUUGUGUCUAGAACUAGUUAUUUAACCUGUAAAAUGUCAACAGCAAAUGAAGGAUGAAGUAUAUCUCUAGAUGCAAAUAUAUUGAGUUUAAAAGUGCCUCAAAAUAAUUGAGAUCACAUUUCAGGACAUUUGGAAAUCAGGUUGAUUUGUGGUAACCAUAAUCAUCUUAAAUUUCAAACCAUUUGCCAUCUGAAAGUUUUGAUUUGAAUGUAUAACAGGAAAUUGGAAUUCUUUUGUCCAGGAGAAACCUCACAAACCUUCUUUAAGGCAUAGUUUUGUUGUUUGUUUGUUUGUUUGUUGCAGAGCUGUAAGGCAUGGCUGCUUGUUUACAAAGCAUCUCAUUCAUAUUCCCUCUGGAGUUGUAUAUCCAAACCUUAGUGGGUUUUGAAACUUUAAGCAAAUUCUUUUAAAAAAUUAUUAUAUCUCUAGCAUUACUAGAUAUUAAAAGUUAAGCAAAUAGAUUAAUGAUGUAUACAUUGGCAUCAUUCCACAAGAUCAAGAAUGCUGCAGGGAAAGCAAAAUUGCAAUCUACGUAUCUAUGGUACUAAAGAAGUCCUGUUUUUCGAAAAUGGAAGCCCACUUCUCAGAUUUUUCUGAAGGGCAUACAAUGAAAAGUGGAGGGGAAAAACACACACACAAAAACAAGUAUUUGGCUUGUCACAGGAAUCUGAUUGCAUUAAGUGGAAGGAUUAUUUAGAAUAUAUUAAUGCAAAGUUAAAAAUUGUCCUUGGCAAUUAAAAAUGCUGUGCGCUAAUACCCUGCUUUCUAAUGUGACUCAAUUCAACAAUGUGGGGAAUGUUUACUACAUUUCCAGCUGGAUGUCAGGCAAUGGGGAAUACAAGUUCGAGUUCUGCAAAGAUUCAUCAACUUUCUUAGCUCAAGAGAGAGGCUGAGACAUGCAGAGAGGAAUAAGACAUAAAAUAGCUCUGACCUCUAUGAUCCAAGAAUGGGAAAAGGCUAGAUUAUUACCCAUCAGGCAUACUCUUUGAGGCCUUUUUAGGAGCCUACAAAAAAUGUUUUAAUUUCUUUUAUAAUCAGAAGAAAAGAAAGUGAACAUUGGGGAUUGGAAAUCAUAUUGGCAUUUGCACCAACAUAGUCAUAAAAUAGUACAUUAAUAUGUUUUUACUAUAUAUAUAUUAUAUAAUACAAUCUAUUUAAUAUGGUUUGCCUUUGUGGCCCAUGAAAGUCUUACUGGGCCCUGGGGAAGGUAUCCCACCCUGGUGAAACAGCUGCUUUGCUCUACAAAUACCUGAGGCAGAAAUUUGAUUUGAAAAAUAUUAUUCUCUCUUCUCUUUGUUUCAACCGGAUUCCUUAGGAAAACCAAACCAGUGUCAGAACAAACCCCCGAAGCAGUAAGAAGUUGGAGUGAGAAGGGCGUGAUAUUGGAACUAGGAUUGGCUCUCAUGCGACCGAGCUAUUCUCAUAAAACGACAAAAAGUGUCCAUAGAGAGGCUGCUGGCGAGUACGUGGGCAUAGGGAGCCGACAUGCCCGGGAGGAAAGGUGUUGAUUACAUGGAGACUUCUAGAAGCUAAAGCCUUGUUACCUUCUCUUUAGUACCUAGAGAAUGUGAUGCGUGAUGCAAAUGCUCAAAACCUCUUAAAUUGUAGCUGUCUGACCUCUAUGGACCUCACAUCCAUCCCAGGCUUCAUGGACAAAGAUUCUCCACUUGGCCACACUUUAGCCAAGCUCCUCAACCUUCUCCCAGGGCCAAUCUGGGCACUUCCUUGUAAAAUCCAGUUUUGGCAAGAAGUCUGUUAAGUCAGUUUAGCAAGAACACCUAACCCCCCCAUAUCUGUUCAACCUCAGUAUCUGAUCAGGCCCCUCAGCCUCCACCAUCCCCCAGGUGAUAUCUGGUCACCUGGCCUGCCUUCAGCUAGAAUCCUGUUAGGUCAGUUUAGCUGAAUGCUCCCUGAUAUUUCCUCUUGGUAAUUUUCCAUCCACUGCCCCUCACCCUGUUCCCUGUCUAUAAAUCCCCACUUUUCCAUGGUGUAUUCAGAGCUGAGCCCAGUCUCUCUCGCCUACUACAAGUCCCCAUUGCUGUGGUCCCUGUACCCAUCACGAUGGUCCUGAAUAAAGUCUUGCUUACUGUACUUUAAUAGGUAGCAUUGAAGAAUUUUUUUCUUUGACAUCAUCCAUGACAACAUGAAACCUAUUGGGAGAGCAUGACUGUGCAGGGUCUUUAGAGCUCAGCUUUCUGAGGCCCUGAGCAUUCUUGCUUUUCCGACACCGUGAACUUGUUCCUGUCCUGUGUUGCGAGAGAUCACUCAAGCCAGUGUUACUUAAUACCAUCUCUUUGUGUAAUAGAUCUGAAUAAAGUAAUUGUAAUAUACCAA